AUGCAUACAGGGGAGAAGCCAUAUAAAUGUUUGGAGUGUGGGAAGAGCUUCUCUAAGAAGGGCAACCUAACUAUCCAUCAAAAGAUUCACACAGGGGAGAAGACUUAUAAAUGCUUGGAGUGUGGGAAGAGCUUCUCUGAAAAUGGCAAACUAACUAGGCAUCAAAAGGUUCACACAGGGGAGAAGCCAUAUGAAUGUUUGCAGUGUGGGAAAAGUUUCUCACAGAAUACCCACCUAACCAGCCAUCAAAAGAUGCACACAGGGGAGAAGCCUUAUAAAUGCUUGGAGUGUGGGAUGAGCUUCUCUGAAAAUGGCAACCUAACUAGGCAUCAAAAGAUGCACACAGGGGAGAAGCCUUAUAAAUGCUUGGAGUGUGGGAUGAGCUUCUCUGAAAAUGGCAAACUAACUAGGCAUCAAAAGGUUCACAUGGGGGAGAAGCCAUAUAAAUGCUUGGAGUGUGGGAAGAGCUUCUCUCGGAAGGACAGACUAACUAGACAUCAAAAGAUCCACACAGAGAAAACUUAUAAAUGCUUGGAGUGUGGGAAGAGCUUCUCUGAAAAUGGCAAACUAACUAGGCAUCAAAAGGUACACACAGGGGAGAAGCCAUAUGAAUGUUUGCAGUGUGGGAAAAGUUUCUCACAGAAUGCCCACCUAACCAGCCAUCAAAAGAUGCACACAGGGGAGAAGCCUUAUAAAUGCUUGGAGUGUGGGAUGAGCUUCUCUGAAAAUGGCAACCUAACUAGGCAUCAAAAGAUGCACACAGGGGAGAAGCCUUAUAAAUGCUUGGAGUGUGGGAUGAGCUUCUCUGAAAAUGGCAAACUAACUAGGCAUCAAAAGGUUCACAUGGGGGAGAAGCCAUAUAAAUGCUUGGAGCGUGGGAAGAGCUUCUCUCGGAAGGACAGACUAACUAGACAUCAAAAGAUUCACACAGAGAAAACUUAUAAAUGCUUCGAGUGUGGGAAGAGCUUCUCUGAAAAUGGCAAACUAACUAGGCAUCAAAAGGUUCACACAGGGGAGAAGCCAUAUGAAUGUUUGCAGUGUGGGAAGCGCUUCUCUCGGAAGGACAGACUAACUAGACAUCAAAAGAUUCACAUAGAGAAAACUUAUAAAUGCUUGGAGUGUGGGAAGAGCUUCUCACAGAAUGCCACCCUAACCAUCCAUCAGAAGAGUCACACGGGGGAGAAGCUGUUCACACAGGAGAAGCCAUAUGAAUGCUUGGAGUGUGGGAAGAGCUUCAGACAGAAUGCCACCCUAACCGUCCAUCAAAAGAUUCACACAGGGGAGAAGCCAUAUAAAUGUUUCGAGUGUGGAAAGAGCUUCUCUCAGAAGGGCAGCCUAACUAGCCAUCAAAAGAUUCACACAGGGGAGAAGCCUUAUAAAUGCUUGGAGUGUGGGAUGAGCUUCUCUGAAAAUGGCAAACUAACUAGGCAUCAAAAGGUUCACAUGGGGGAGAAGCCAUAUAAAUGCUUGGAGUGUGGGAAGAGCUUCUCUCGGAAGGACAGACUAACUAGACAUCAAAAGAUCCACACAGAGAAAACUUAUAAAUGCUUGGAGUGUGGGAAGAGCUUCUCUGAAAAUGGCAAACUAACUAGGCAUCAAAAGGUACACACAGGGGAGAAGCCAUAUGAAUGUUUGCAGUGUGGGAAAAGUUUCUCACAGAAUGCCCACCUAACCAGCCAUCAAAAGAUGCACACAGGGGAGAAGCCUUAUAAAUGCUUGGAGUGUGGGAUGAGCUUCUCUGAAAAUGGCAACCUAACUAGGCAUCAAAAGAUGCACACAGGGGAGAAGCCUUAUAAAUGCUUGGAGUGUGGGAUGAGCUUCUCUGAAAAUGGCAAACUAACUAGGCAUCAAAAGGUUCACAUGGGGGAGAAGCCAUAUAAAUGCUUGGAGCGUGGGAAGAGCUUCUCUCGGAAGGACAGACUAACUAGACAUCAAAAGAUUCACACAGAGAAAACUUAU